AUGGAGGAAGCGGCGACUGUGACCACCGCGGAAAGCACCUUCUGCCUGCAGCAGGUUACAAUAACUGAAGGUUCUGAAGAUGACUAUCAGUAUGAAGAGAUUCCAGCAGAUGAGGAUUUUAGCUUCCAGGAAGGUGAUGAAGAUCUGGCAAAAGCUUUACACACAAUGCAGGAACAGACCAUUGAUGCCCAAAUUAUGGCUCAGCGGCCAGGCCAGAUCACUAAACAGUCCUUGUCUGAAACACCUGAAGUUGUAGAUGACUUUCUUUGCAAUUUUCUAAUCAGAAUGGGAAUGAACAGGACACUAGAUUGCUUUCAAACUGAAUGGUAUGAAUUGAUGCAGAGGGGUGUGCUUGAACCUAAAGAUGUUGGAUUUGUUCCAGAUGCCUAUACCUGCAAUCAACAGUUGGAGAGGGAAAACAGAUGUUUGAAAAAAGAAAUGGAAAGCUAUAAAUUUGCAGCCAACAAAGCUAAAGAUGCACUGCUAAAAAUGCAGAGAGAGCGUGACUUCCAUCGAAUGCAUCAUAAAAGAGUAGUCCAGGAAAAGAACAGGCUCAUUAAUGACAUUAAAAGGCUAAAGACACACUAUGCAUCAUAUGAGCCUAUGUUAAGACAGCUGAAUGAAAAGUAUGAGAUUCUAGUAAGAGAGAAAAUGCUUACAAGUUUGGAACGAGACAGAGCUGUCGGGCAGAUUACUGGCUUGCAAGCUACUUUACAAAGCUUAGAAUCUGGAAACAACAUUCACAUUCCUGUGAUGAGAGUAGGUCAUUGGUGUGAUAGAGAGGCUGGGUUAGAGGGACCUUCUCAAAGAGCACUUAGAGAAGCUAAGGAACAGAAAGUACAUUCUGGAGUUAAUGCACACAAUUCAGCCAAAGAUCCAGCAAAGCAGAUGAACAAGAGAUAUCCAAAGGAUUCAGAAUUUCCUGAAGAUAUCCAAGUGAAUCCAUACCUUGCCCGUGCAAAAGAAUGUGUGCGGCCAUUGAAGUCUGGAAUAUAUAGACUGAGCAACACCUUGAAAGUACACGAUUUGGCAGUGAGCUG